UCACAACUUCCAUGAGUCUGGCAUUUAAAGCAGCUUUUGGAAAGACUUUCAAGUUUUUUUUUUUUUUCUUGGGUUUUGUUUUGUUUUUUAAUCUCAGGUCACACCCUCCAAAAGGUAGUGGAAAUAAAUUUGAAUAAACAAAACAGGUUUGCUGAAAAUAAAACCAGGACUCCUAAACUGCUCCAGUCAAACAGCUUCCACAAGGCCUUGCUGUCAGCCAGCGCGGCACUGAGGCUUGGCAAGCAGCGUCCAGCAUGUACCAGGCGGUGGCAUUCUUGGCAAUGGUCAUGGGAACCCACACCCUCUGUUUGGGGUCCCAGAGGCGCUGCACACACUGGCCCGGCUGCUGCCCCAGCAAAGGACAGAACCCCACUGAGGAGUGGCUGAAGUGGAACAGUAUGCUCAUGUCUCCCCCAGAGACCUCCAGCCUCGCCCACCACCCAGAAUCCUGCAGUUCCAGCAAGGAUGGACCCCUCAACAGCCGCUCCAUCGCCCCCUGGAUAUAUGAGUUGGACAGAGACUUGGACCGGCUCCCGCAGGAUCUGUACCAUGCACGUUGCCUGUGUCCACACUGUGUCAGCCUUAAGACGGGCUCCCACAUGGACCCCCUGGGAAACUCAGAGCUGCUCUACCACAACCAGACUGUCUUCUACCGGCGGCCGUGCCCAGGACAGCAGGGCACCCACCAUGGCUACUGCCUGGAACGCAGGCUCUACCGUGUCUCCUUGGCUUGCGUGUGUGUGCGGCCCCGUGUGAUGGCCUAGCUGUGCCGACCAUGGCUGGUCCCUGGGCAAACACUGGAGCUGGUUGGACAACCACCUGCUGUGGUGAACCAGGACACCCGAAGGCACAGCCCCUCCAAAGGACCACCUGUAGCAGCAGGAUCUUGGGACAGGAUGGGGGACUUUGGGGGGACCGCACUUUGCACUUUUUGGAGUGGAUGAGAAAUGCAGGGCAAAUCCAAGGCAGCAGCGGCUGUUUAUGGUCCCUGGAAACUGGCAUCCUGUCAUUUCCUUCUGGGAAAGGUCUUCAAAGCUCUGCUAUGUCUGUCUCUUCUUUCCUCCCACCCCCAGCCGCCCUGGUGCAGCACAGGCACUUUCAGAUAUUUUUCCCUUCGCCAGUGGAGAGCCCUUCAAUUCAUUAGUUUGUUCGCUCCUUCAUUCAUUCAUCAAACACUUAGUGAGCAUCGACUUUGGAGCACCGACCUUAAGCCUCCGGGUGGAGUUGCUAGUCUUUUGACAUGAAUGCUGCUAAGGAAGAGGCUGUUAUUGAGCAGGGAGAGA